GGAGAAAAAAAAAUAUUACAAUGUUUUUAUUAAAAAGUAGCGUUAAUUGUGAAACAUUUAAAACAUGUUUUGAAUUUUUUCCUCAAUCACAUCCGAGUCCAUUGUGCUUCAAGAAACGUCUAACGUGUGAAAAAAUGCCUUCAUUACCAAAAGUUAACGGUUUUUUUUGUUGUUUUUUUUUACAGAAACUUAUCGUUAAGGAGCAUGAGCAACCGGAGUCUCCAUGCUUUCGGAAACACAUCAGUGACAGUGUGAGUUUCAGUGAACAUAUCCUAUUACAAAGAUGACAUCCUGUGGUUCAAGUCUGCAAAGCUCCAAGGACAGAAAGGACUGAAGGGCACAGGGCUCCCAUCUUAGACUAAAGCCACAAGGUGGGCCGGCAAGAUCAUGACGUCUAAAAUUGAUAAUCCUCCACCCUAUGAGGAAGCACUGCACCCUCCUAAGUAUGGAAACUACCCCUACCAGCCACAACAUGGCUCCCCUCUUCCACCACCUCCAUCUUACAGCCCCAGUCCUGGCAUGUGCCCCGGCCCGCCUGGCUACUGGGGCCAGGAGGGUGUCUACCCGCAAGCUGGGAUGUGGGCAGCCCCUGGCUUCUCUCCAUCUGGGGUGCCCACCACAAUACCAACUCUGUCUGCUGGAGUGCCUGCAUCCAACCCAGGAGUAAUGGAGGAUUUUCUGACCACCCAGUGGGAGAGCACAUCUGUUCGGCAUGCCUUCAUUAGAAAGGUUUAUUUAAUUUUAGCAGCACAGCUUGCCGUCACCUUUUCAGUUGUUGCUGUCUUUACAUUUGUUGACCCAGUGAGGCUGUUUGUCAUCAGAUACCCUGGCAUCUACUGGGCAUCUUUUGUGGUUUAUUUUUUGGUUUACUGCAUUCUCAUCUGCUGCAAAAAGCCGAGGAGGCGUUUCCCAUGGAAUCUGGUGCUGCUGGGAAUAUUUACUCUUGCCUUGUCUUACAUGGCCGGAACAAUUUCGAGCUAUUAUGAAACAAAAGCAGUGUUUCUGGCCAUGGGAAUAACAGCAGUAGUUUGUAUAGCUGUCACAAUCUUCUGCUUCCAAACCAAGGUGGACUUCACCUCCUGCGGGGGACUUCUCUGUAUUGCUGCCGUUUUGCUCAUGAUUAUUGGGAUUGUUACAGCGGUCGUCCUCUCCUUCCACUAUGUCCCUUGGCUGCAUAUGCUCUACGCUGCAAUUGGAGCCAUCGUUUACACUCUGUUUUUAGUAUACAACACCCAGCUUCUUAUUGGAAAUCGAGAGUUGGCCAUCAGCCCAGAGGAGUACAUCUACGGAGCUCUCUCUCUCUACAUUGACAUUGUUCACAUUUUCCUCUUCAUCCUUCAAGUCAGUGGAGCUGCUACAGAAUAAGCCCAUGGUUAGAGCACAUCUUGCUCUCUACGAGUUUGGACUGGAUAGGAUAGGAUGGACAGGAUAUUGUGUUUGACAUUAAACACACAAGUGUGUCACUUAGGAUGUUGCAUUACCAGUUAUCAAUGCUGAGAUUCCUAUUAUUUUAAUUAUAUUUGUUUAUUUUUUACAUCACUAACACUUGAGCACUUAUUCAUGCACUGUAUGAAGCAGGGAAGUAAUUACGUCUUUCACUUACCAAAGUGUGAAUGAGGAGAGAAACUAAAGCCUUGCCUUCUGUAUGGCUGUUAGUUAAUAUUUUGUCUUGCCUUCUUGUUUUCAGCAAGUUUUAGUAGAUCAUGCAUGCUUCUAGCCAUGAGAGAUUACAUCGAGACUACUGGAAGGGACAUAAAAUCUGCAUGUUUAGACAAUGCAUUAGUCUGUGAACUAUUACUUAAAUCAGAUGUCAUCAUUAAUGAAUUCAAAAUUAGUAUACACACACACACACACACACACACACACACA